AUGGAGGUGUGCCGAUGCGGAUGCGACGUAUCGUCGUCACCAAAAUCGAUCAAUCCGCCGAACGAGCCGUGCUGUUGCUGCAGUUACAACCCCUUCAGUGACAAUUCCAAUGAAUCAGAGCUCUACGACCUCUCGUUUGCCCUGAGGAAGCUCAGCGUAAUGAAGUGUCAGAUGAAGAAGUGGCGAAUGGAACGACUUCAGCUCGAGAGCGAAAAUAGGUCUCUGAAACAAGCCCUCCAGACAUUCGGUAUCGAUAUUACAUGUUUUUGUGUAGGUGUAAAUGCGGAUGAGAUAUUGAGGCCUGAUCCGUUGCUAGUGCACUCCCGGGAAGAAAUCGAAAGGUUGCAAAAUGCAAACGCGGCGCUUGAAGAUAAAGUGAGGGAUCUGGAGGAAACUCUCGGUGAACGAGAUUGCUGCGACGAUCCUGGAGUCACGAUUCACUUCCUCAGGGAAAAGAUGAAACAUCUCAGAGAGCGUUUCGCGCUUGAAAAGAAAGAACAGCGAGACAUGAUAUCUCAUUUGAAGUUGAAGUUGGCGCAGACCGAGGAGGACGUUAGCUGCCCGGCGAUCUAUCGUCUAAGGGCGAAGCUGCGUGAACUGAUGAAAGGUGGCCAAACAGCGGACAAGCAAGUUUCGAAAGUAGUGGAAAGAUCGAUCGAAACUCUGACAGAUCUUUCCAAGGAUUGCGACCACCUUCGACUGGAGAACGAGCGUUUGCAGGCCGAGAUGGCCGAGUUGCGUGCCGCGUUGGCCAAAUUCGAAGAGAAACAAGCUCUUCCGGUGUCGGUGCUGAGAGCAGCCGAGACAACCACCGUGCCCGAGUACAUGGAUCUCUCGGAGCUGUUGGAAAAAUUGAACAACUGCGAGGAGAUCGCGACGGAUUUGAGGAGACAGCUGGAGGAGAAGGACAAUCUGAUCGAUUCGCUGCGUAAGGAAUUGAAAGGGGCGGGCGACCAGAGAGAUCUGCUGGACCAGCUCGAGGCACUGAAAGCGGAACUGAAGAAGAAAGAUGACAAGGUAUCAAAAUUGUUGGACAGCCUAAGACAGAGCGAAAUAGACGGUCUCGUGGUGAACGACCUGAGGUCCGAACUGGAAAACCUGAAGCCUCAAUUGCAGGAUCUGAAGAACGAGAGAGACGAGUUGUUGGCAGAGCUCGCUAAACUGCGGGAAGCAUUGAAAGAUAAGGAGGACCAGCUAACCAACAUAUUGGAACAGAAGAGUAAAGACGAGGACAGGUACAACGAAGCGUUAGCUCGUGAAGCACACCUGAACCAAGAGAUCACCGAUCUCAAGUCUCAAAUGGACAGUCUGAAGAACGAGCUGGAACAGUGUAGAAAUCGCAGCGCGGAGCUGGAGAAGUGUUGUUUAGACAAAGACGCUCUCGCAGAGAAGCUACUCAACGAGAAGAAGGCGAGGAACGGUUUGGAGGAGGAGCUGAAAGGUAGCCGAGAUGAGAUGGAAAAGUUGCGGAAGGAGAAUUCGGAUCUGAAGGCUCGAAUGGACGACAUGAGGGAGGAGAACGAUAAACUUCGCGAGGCGGCGGAGGCGUCGAAGAGACUGACGGAGGAGAACGAGAAGUUGAAGGAGCAGCUUGCCAAUCUGAGGAACGAGAACGACGAGAUGACGAAGAGGCUGAAAGAGCUCGAAGGUCUGAACGACGUUCUCAGGUCCGAUUACGACAACAUGAAGCGAGCGUUGAACGAUCUCGAAGAAGAGAUCGGCCGAUUGGAGGCUCGACUGAGCGAGACUGCGAGGGAACGCGACGCUCUGUCGAACGAGAACGACAACAUGAGGAAGCAACUGGACCAGGCGAGGGCUGAGAACGAGGGUCUAAAAAGUGACAUCGGCAAACUGAUAUCGGAGAAGGACAACCUGCAGAAGAAUCUCGACGCGAUCAGGCUCGAGAACGAAUCGCUGAAGGAAGACGUGAAGUCAUUAAAAGACAAUCUCGAGGAGACGAGGAGGCAGGCGGAGGAGCUGAAAGCUGCUGGCGAUGCGUUAAGAGCGGCGGAUCAGGGUAAAAAGUCCGAGGUCGAGAGACUGGAGCAGGAGUUGGGGAGUUUGAAGUCCGAACGGGAUCGUUUAACGAACGAGAAUGCCGAUCUGAAAGCUAAAAACUUGGAAUUGGAACGAAAAUUGGAGGACCUCGGGAAAGAAUUGGAAAAAAUGAAGUCCGAAAAUGCUGAUUUACUCGGCGAAGUGGAUCGUCUGAAGCGAGAACUGGAGGGAGCUGAGAACGAAAUUCGUCGAUUAAAAGCUGAGAUAGAUAGUUUGGAAAAGGAGCUGAACACUUGCGUCGACGAGAUGGAGAAGCUGAAAACUGAGAACAGCGAGCUCAGAUCGGAGAAUUUGGUGAUAAAAUCAAAAAUGGAGGAGGCUAAGGGUCAAGGAGACAGUUUGGAGGUGGAAUUGAACGGUUUGAAGAAUGAAAAUUUGGCUUUGAGGAACGAGAGAGAUCGACUGAAUGAGCAGUUGAGCGAAUGCAACGCGGAGAACGCGAAGCUGAAGACGGAGCAGGAUCAGCUGAGAAGCGAGAACGAGAAGCUCAGAGGAGAAAUGAACGCGUGCAGAGACGAAAACGAGAAGUUGAAGGCUGAGCUUGAGAACAUGCGUGGACAAUUGCAAUCGUUGAACGACGAAUUGAGCAAAUUCAAGGCUCAACUGGACGAAGCUGAGAGUAAAAUUCGUUCGUUGGAGCCUUUGGUUUCACGUUUACAAGGUGAGAACGAUAAACUGAGAAAUGAUUUCGCUGCUUUGGAGAAAGAGGCGAAUGAUUUGAAAGCAAAAAUUGGCGAAGAAACGAGCGACAAUCAGAAGAUGAGGAACGAUGUGAUGAUACUGGAGGAUAAAGUGAAAGAUUUGGCGGCGAAAUUGGACAGCGCAAGAGCGGAAAAUGAUAGUUUGAAAGCGGAGAAUCAGGAACUUAAGGCAAAGUUGUUAGAUCUGGAUGAAGAAUUAUCAAGUUUGCGGGCUGAAUGUGCGGACGUGAAGGCGGAAAACGCUGAUUUGAAGAAGUUAAUCGAUGAACUGAAGGCAAAGAUUGCUAAACUGGAGGCAGACGUGGAGCACUGGAAAUUGGAGAGUUGCAAGCACCAAAUCGAGAUGGAUAAGCUGAAAGCUGACCUUGAGAAGGCACUGAAGGAUUUGAGCGAAUGCCAGUCCAAGAACAAAGAGCAAGAAGCAGAACUGAGACGUCUACAGAACGAGAAAGCCGAAGCUGAUAAGAAACUCGCGGACGUAACGUCGCAGCUCGAGCAACAAAAGAAAGCUCUGGAAUUAGAAAAAUCAGCGAAAGGAAAGGGCGACUCGGAGAUCGCUGACUUGAAGUCCGAAUUGGAGGCUCUGAAGAAAGAGCUAGAAAAAUUAAGAGCGGAGAAUAGCAAAUUCAAAGGCGAAAUAGACGAUGUAAGAAGACAGCUCUCAGCAGUGACGAACGAGUUGAACAGUUGCAGAGACGAGAUCGCAGCACUGAGGGACGCCAACAAUGCGCUAAAGUCUGAUUUGAACGCUUUAAAAACCCUGAAGGACGAGCACGACAAGCUUCAGGCCGAAUUGAACGCCUUAAAAGCGGAAAACGCGAGCCUGCAACAAGACAGAAAAAGGUUGGAAGAAGAGCACGACAAACUGAGAGGCGAGGGCGACGGUCAGAAGUUCGAAAUAGACAAACUAAGAUCUGACUUGACAGCGGAGAAGGCAACUGCAGAAAAACUGAAGACAGACCUGGAGAACUGCAAAGCUGAAAACGACAAGUUGCAGAUACAACUGAACGAAGUGAGGAAAGACCUGGAGAAGAUGAAAAAUGAAAUCGAUCUACUGAAAGAUGAGACUGCUAAACUGAAGAGUCAGGUUGCAGCCGGCGAGGCUAAGGUGAAGUCUCUGGAAAACGAACUUUCGGAUCUGUUAUCCGAGAAGGAGGAGUUGGUUAACGAACUCUAUCGUCUUCGAGAAGAGCUGAGCAAUCUUAGGAACGAACUGGAGAAACAGAAAACCGUGAGGGACGCGGCCAUGAAGGAGUUGGCCGAGCUGAAGGAAGAGCUAGCCGCUCUUAGAGCGGCGCUGGAUAAGGCUCGGGCUGAAAACGAGGCGCUGUCGAACGAGAAUGAGAAGCUGAGAGGGGAGCGGGCGAAGUUGAAUAAGCAGCUGGAGGCACUGGAGGGCGAAAACGCGAAUCUGAAGAACGAGAAGGCGGAAUUGGCGACGCAGUUAGCCGAGACGAGUAGCAAACUGACGGACGCGGAGAAUCGGUUGAACGAUAUGAAGGAUAAAAUUGUCGAUCUCGAGAACACGUUGAAGGGGGCUGAAGCGUUGAAGGGAGAGCUGGAUGACGCUAGGAGGGAGCUGGAUAGGCUGAGAGAGGAGUUGGAUAGAUUGAAUGCGCGAAACGCGAAACUGGAGAACGAGCUGAACGAGGCGAAGAACGAAUCGAAGAAAUUGAAGGAAGGUUUGGAUAAGCUGAAAAAUGAUUACAACGGUUUACAAUCGGAAUUAAGCAAAGCGAGGGAGGAGAGGGAGAAACAGAAGGAUCGCGACGCGUCGUUGAGGGGCGAUAUAGAGAAGACGAGGAAGGAGAACGAAGAGUUGAAGAGCCAGUUGAACGAUUGCCACGAGGAAAACGAAAGGUUGCGCAAGGAAUUGGAAAACUUGAGGAGAGAAAAUAGCGAACUGAAGGACGUCCCAGUGAGAAAGCUGGAGCCAAAGGAGACGGAAAUGGACAAAGAUAUUCUGGAUGAAUGCGGCGACUUCAUUAAGGCGAACGAAUUACUGUGGAAAAAAUUUGAAAGGCAGAACGAAGGUGUGCUGCGCGUUCGAGAUUACAUUACUUAUUUAGAAGGUAAAGGAGAGGAACCUAAAAUGGCGGACAACUUGGAAGAACCGGAAAUUGAUCCACAACUGAGGAAAGAUAUAGCAGAUUUGUUUGAAAAGUCUCAAGCAUUGUCUGAAAAUAUUCAUCGAACUGAAGAAGAGAUACAGAAUCUUGCUAACUUAUUGAAAGAGUCCGCGGUACCAACAACAGCUUUCGAUCCUGAUUCCUGGCUGAGCUCACUGACGUUGACGCAGUUGGCAGAGCUUCACGAUAAGAUUUGCCUGUUGACAUCGGACAUGGUGCAACAGGACAGCAAAGCAGUGACAUGCGAUCAAGUCUACGAGGCAGGGAAUCCACUGGGGGCGGAUUACAAUAUUUUGAACAGGCGAAUAGCCGCUCUGCAGAAACAGAUAGCAGAGAAGCAAAUAGAGGCUAGCUGGAAGCUGCAGGAGUUGAAGCGGUCUCUUCGUACUGAACAGGCUAACCUAAUUCAAAUCUCUGACCGAAUGAAUUUAGAGAGAAAACGCAAUUUCGCCCUUCAAUUCACCAUGGACGAUUCACAUUGA